AUUGUUUCUAAUAAUUUUAAUAACGGCAGAAUAUAAAUAUCUCCAUUAGAGUUGAUUAAUUUCGUUCAUUCAUAAGAAAAGAAAUUUUUUUGUUUAAAUGAACAAUUUGGUUAUUAAAAUUUUUUAGAAAUGAAUAACUAUCCAUUAUUUGCGAUUAUGAUCAAAAUAUAUAUUGUAUUUAUUUUUAUCAUAUUUUCAUAUUAUUUUACGUUAUAAAUAGUGAUUCAUUGUAAGAAACUGUUAUUUUGACAGAUGUAAGCAGUGAUUAAAUCACAUAAAACUACAACAAAAUUUUGUUACUACUUAUUUCUAGCUAUCGUUAAUUUAUGUUUGAACAAAGAAUUUGACUUAUUAUUUGAAUAUUUAUUUACAUUUUAAAUUAUAUCUAUGAAUACUUGCAAGGUCCCAAUGCCCGUCGAUGAUGGAGAUGGUGAUAAUAGGUGGUUAAGUAUUCAUAACCGGUUUCUCUCUGAAAGUAAAGAAAAAGAUGCUGAUGUUAUUUUCAUAGGAGAUUCAAUAGUUCAAGCAUUACAACAUACAGAUGUUUGGAAUGAAUUAUUUGUCCCAUUACAUUGUUUAAAUUUUGGCAUUCAUAGGGAUAAAAUCGAAAAUGUGUUGUGGAGAAUUCAGAAUGGAGAAUUAGAUAAUGUUAAACCUAAAAUAAUUGUCUUGCAUGUUGGUACUAAUAACUAUUCAAAUACACCUGAAGAAAUUAGAGACGGUAUCGUAGAGUUAGUUGAAAUAAUUAAAGAAAAGCAUCCAGAUGUGUAUAUUGUUGUACCAACAUUAUUACCAAGAGGACAAAACCCAAAUACAGUCAGAGAUAAAUUAGCUAAAGUGAAUGAAUUGUUAAAACCUGCUUUAGAGGGUCGACCUAAAGUUGAAAUGGUAGUUAUUGACAAUGGAUUUGUCAGGGCUGAUGGAACAAUAAGUCAUCACGAUAUGUAUGAUUAUUUGUUACUAACAAAUUCGGGCUGUAAAAAAGCUUUUGAACCAGUGCAUGAACUUUUGAUGCAGUUAUUGGCAGAUGGUGAAAUUGAAAAUGAUCUCACACCCUCUGAGUAAUUUGGAUAUUUUUAAAGUUAAUCAAUUGACAAUUGUAAGGUUGUCAUAAAAUAUAUUUAUACGAAACAACUUGAAUAUUUGGUAGGUAUGUACGAAUAGAAACUGCCAAAUUUUUCUUUUUUAAGGAUAAUGAAUUAUUUCUUGAGUACCUAGUAAUCAGUGACUUGUAUGACACAAAGGCUUCUAUUUAAUCUAUAAAAACACUACAAUCAUCCAAUUAGUGUUAGACAUAAUGUUGAUGAUGCUUUUGAAUGUAAACUAUUUGUUUUAUUCAUCAGUUUUCAUUCAGAAUUUGGUAGAAGUUAUUAAAACAAACCAAUAAAGCUCUUUUUGACAGUAAAGAUAGUGAAAAUGGCUAUAUUUUAUGAGAAUCUAAAAAAUAUACAUCAACUUGUAUUUUUUGAGUGAUAUUCUAUUUCAAAUACCAAAUUACAACCGACUCUAAAGAACUGAGUAUGAAGAAAUUAAUUAACAGUAUAAUUAGAAAAAUCACACACAAAUAACAGUAAACAGUAUCACAUAGCUUGUGGUUGGGAUAGUGUAACACAACAUUCUAAGUAGUUUUAAUUAAUGUUUGAUUUUAUUGAAUAUAGAAAUAAGUGUGCAAAUUAGCCACAGGUUCUUACUAAAUAUGGCAGUAAAUUAAUUAUAUUGAUAAAUUUCGAUUCACAAAAGCCUUUAAGUUGAAGUUGAUGUGGAGAAGUAACUACUGAUAUAACUGUGAUUAUAAUACUUUUGCUUGAUGCUCGUAACUUAAUGCUAGAGAUCAAUAUUAGGUAGAAUAGAUAUUUUCUGAUAAUUUAUUUUUUAAUUAUUUCUCAUUAGGGCUGUCGCGUAAUAAUCCUCUAGUGAAGCGUGAGGUCUCUUGAAUAUCGGUGUUUGUGAUUUAUAUGAGUCAACCAUUUUCAGUGAUUUGAAAUAGUUUUAUCUUUCGAAAAUGUAUAUUCUUUUGUGUAGUACUGUGGCGAGGUAUUAAAUAUGAUUAAUAACAAACUUUGAUAACAAUUAUUCAAAACCUUACUCGAUAAUGACGUCAACUGAUGAGCAUAAAAACGAUAGUCUUCAUUUAGUUGUUAGGGAACUUCAGAAGUUGAAAAAGUCUUCAAUAAAUACUCCUUUAUUUUAAAGUUUAUGAAAGAAUACAGUUAUUUAUCAAACUGAAUGUAAAAAUUAUUGUGUUUAUUAUUAUAAUUAAUUUUAAUUUUCAGUAUAUUCCCUGUGAAGUUUUAAAUUUAUGUAACAGUAUCAAUACUUACGAACCUUAAAAUGAAUUUUGCGAAUUAACAUUUUACCUUUUAUCUGUAUUUUUUAAUUUCUAGUUCUAUUUUGUUUUCUUGAAUGAAUAACAUAAACUCAUUCAAACGUCUCUUGUAUUGCAGUUUUUAUUCCAAUAAUUGAUCUAUUUUUUCAAGAAUGUCGAUAAAAUUUUUUGAAUCAUUUUAUCUUUGUUUGAAGGAAUUUCUGAUCUACAACUUAUACUUGGGUACUUCCAAUCUCCAUCAUCAUAUGCAAUACAUGAAUACAAAGUAUCCAGAAAUUCGUCUGCCGAACGCAAACUAUUAAACUAGAUGUAAUGUUGUCUCAAUAAAUUUUAAGUCAGCUGGAAAGCUCCUCAUAAAAGAGGUAGUGCCUUUUGAAUGUAACGAUGUUGAGUUAGAUUUUCAAAUAUAUUUCUUAAAAGCUGCUACAUACAAACUUUAGACAUUGUAUAAACUUGCAAUGAUUAAUUUAAAUUUGGAAAUACCUUACAUUUGUUGAAUUUACUAUAAAAUUUGUCAUAAGACUGGUGAAUUUAAAAGGUUGAGCAACUUUUGGAUAAAGGAAAAUAGAUUAGAGAUAAAUCACAUCUAGUAUCUGAAGUUUGCAGGAGGUAGGAGAGUUUGUGGAUAUACCGUAUAUUAUAUUGAAAAAAAAAACUAAACAUGAUUAUUUUUUAUUCUGCAUUUUCAUUUUAAAACAAACCUUUGUAAGAUUAAUCAAACGUUUUUAAUCAACUCUAAGUAGAUCUAGUCACCCUUAAGCUAAUGAUUUGUAUAAAGUAGUAUGUCCAUUGAAAAAUAGAAAAAGUCAUUACAAAUGUAACCAAAUUAACAGACCUAUAAUUUCAUUUGAUAUUUGAAUUAUACAAACUCGUGUUCGCACAGGAAUUCAAUUAAUAUUUUUUAAUUGAAUACCUUAAUUUUAAAGUUUUAAAGUUUACCCUGGUUCCUGUUUUAGUUUGUUAGAUUUGAGUUAGAUAUAGUUACAAAAUUUCACAAUAACCAUUACUAAGGGCAUACUCAUAUCAAUUUUUUUUCUUGUAUUUCUGGUGCUAUAAAUAGUAUUUCUUGUCCGAUUAUCUCAAAUUCUACUAGUUAUUUGGUACAAUAAAGAACGUUUGCUGUAAGAUAACUAAGAAAAAAUUCAUAAUUAAAAAAAUUACAAUAAUUCCUUCUAUACAUUUUGUUGUACUUAUGUCUUGUAUCUAAUCUGUGUUUGUGCCCUACUUAUAAUGAUAGUAUUAAUACAGUAGUAAUUCAAUCUAGUGUAAUGCGAAUCAGAUAGUUAAUUGAAGAAGUGAAAUGCUUGAAUUAGAAUCAAAUAUUCUACAUAUUUUAUUUAAUUUGAGAAUACCUAAAGGAUGCGCCAAUGUACUAUCAGGUAUACUUUCUUUACAUGUGAUGAAGGUAUUUAAAUACAAUUCUACAGAAUUACUUUUUACAUUCCGCUAUACAUAUUAGGUUUUAGUUUAUUUAUAAUUAGAUUUAGGUGAAGCAGUUUCUUUAGAGUGAGAUUAUUUGUAAUUCUAUUGUUUCUUAAAGAACAAAAUUUAUUUUCAUGUAUAAUAUCUACAAAUGUUUUAAAAUUUCCGCUAGUUGUAGCUUCCUUUUUAAAAUCGUAUAAAAUAUGUUUCUGGUAUUUCAAUUGUAAAAUCAAAAUGAAGCUUCAUGGCUUGAAUUUUUGAAACACAUGCUCAUUAUAUGUCAAAUUAAUAAACUUUGUAAUUUUGGAA